AUGAAGAUCCUAUUGGUUCUGAGCGUCGCUCUCUUCGCGCUGCUCUCGCGACUGGCGGAAGUUGAAGCGCAAACGACCUGCGGGUCCCGACUCCGCAAAGACUGGGAUAUGAUGACCGCCACGGAGAAGACGACGUACAAGAACGCCAUCGCCGCGGCAAUGGACUCCGGCGCCUACAUCAAGUUCGUCGAGAUGCACACGGAGAUGAGGUCCGAGAUGGAGGCUCACCGCCAGUGCAUGUUCGUCUACUGGCACCGCUUGAUGCUCGUCGUGUUCGAGAACAUGCUACGCGGACAAGGCGCGGCGUACGCGUGUGUGACGGUGCCGUAUUUCAACUGGAUUGUGGCCGCGGCCCGCGUGACGGCGGGCACGUGCAACUCGUUCGGCAGCUGCAUGGCCAUCACCAGGGAGCUCGGCGGUUGGACGGGCACGCAACGGACGCUCGCCAUCAACGGUAUCAACAACUCCGGUCGCUGUGUGGCCGUGUCGCCGUUGGAUCACUUCUGCCAGCUUUCGUCCCUCAGCGGAGCCAACUGCGCCCGGUGCGUGCCUCGCAGCGACUGGAGCGUGGCUCGGGUGCCCACCUCUGCAGGGUACGCGUCCGUGCGCCAGCAAGUGUUCAACGGCAGGACCAUCGGUCAGAUGUCGCCUCUCAUCGAGCAGGGCUGCCACAACAACGUCCACGCCAACCUCGCCAGCACCAUGGGAACGUUCGCCUCGCCGUCCGACCCGAUCUUCUGGUCGCACCACGCGAUGAUCGAUCUGCUCCACGUCGUCUUCCACAAGUGCCGCGUGGGAACAGCUCGGCUUACGUUCGCUCAGAAGGCGGCAAGUGUCGGCUGGACGUCUUGUGCCCGCCGUGACGGUGGCACCUUCAGCCCGACCGACGUGAUCACCAUGCGUACGGGCGAGAGGGGCAUUAAUCCGAUCCCUGGCCAGAACGACCCACGAAUCGGCAGAUACUUCACGGGGGUCCCCAACCAGUUCGCAGGUCUCAUGGACGUGCGCGAUUUGGGCGCCAGCAGCUACGGCUACUACAUCAGCGGACAGGUCGCGACCAUGUACACCCAAUGCGAUGCAGCGCCGAUGUCCCGCAAGCUGGAGGAGAUGGCAACCAACAGCACCGCCCCAAAGCCAAAAAUGUGUGGCGUGGCCGAAGACGAUGGCUACGAUGCCGACGGAAACGACUACGCGUCGCAGAACAACUUCCCCGAGACCGACUACACCGGCCAGGACGACGGUCAUCAGGACAUCGUGGUCGUCGACAACUCCGGCCAGCCGAUCACCGAGGACACGCCCAUCGAUGCCUACGUCACCGACGAUGACGAGAAGCGCGUCGUCAACUGGUACGACCAGACUCUUGAGUACAUGGGCGGCGACUCGCAUGAGAACAUGGCCGACCUCGAGCGUCAAGCCUGCAUGUUCGAGCACGUUUGUCUGGGCGGCACUAAGGACUACUCGCCCGAGUUCAAGGCCAUCUGGAAGGUGAAGGAGCCGCGCUGCAAGGCCAUCGUGGACGCGAUCCUGAACGGCUCGGAGUCGAUCAUCUUCGAGUCGUGGCGCGAGAACAUGGAGGCUCAGUUCGGCUGCCCUGAGCCGACGGACUCGAGCUCGUCUUCGGGUUCGUACUCGGGCUCGUGGGGAUCGUCGGAGGAUGGCACCGUGGAGUACCCGGUUGUAGGCGGCUCGCAGGAAUCGGUCGAGAACUCGAAUGACACGAUCCAGUUCCCGGAUACCGAUGGUGAAGUGGAUCUGCCAACCGACACGACUUGGGAUGCUUGA